AGACUAAAUUACAUAUAUGUGUAAAAAAGGGUCUAUGCGUCAAUGCAUGUUUUCUUGGUUAUGUGUGUGUAUAUAUAUAUAAACCCUGAGACUCAUACGUGCUUGCGCGGCAAAACGCCAACACAGGAGUUAUUUAGACAGCCAGGGUUUUAAACAUCAUUUGUACAAUGUUUAAAAUUUUGUAUACAUUGUAGAAGUGCUUCCUACGGGUUGCCGUGAUUUCCUUGCCCCGUCUAGGAACUACUGUGGUGUUUGUCUUCACAAGAGCCUGCGGUGGAAAAAAAAAAAAAAGUGAUGCUUCGAGGCUGGCAGUACCUCUGCAGACCCACCAGAUGGCGACUGUGGGAAGGAUGCCGAGCAGGACAAGAGAGGAAAAACUCCGUCAGGAGGGGUCAGGGCUUCCUGUAUGGAGGACCCGUCCGGAACAAUGCGCAUGCGAGGAGAGCCUGCGGUGGAAAAAAAAAAAAAAGUGAUGCUUCGAGGCUGGCAAUACCUCUGCAGACCCACCAGAUGGCGACUGUGGGAAGGAUGCCGAGCAGGACAAGAGAGGAAAAACUCCGUCAGGAGGGGUCAGGGCUUCCUGUAUGGAGGACCCGUCCGGAACAAUGCGCAUGCGAGGAGGUACUUCUCUGCUGCAAAGGGUUUUUGGGCCUCGGAUAUAAAAAAAAAGAAAUCCGCGUUAGUAGCAGCCACCGGGUGCAUGACCUACUGUGGUGUUUGUCUUCACAAGAGCCUGCGGUGGGAAAAAAAAAAAAAAAGAGGAUGCUUCGAGUCUAGCAGUACCUCUGCAGACCCACCUGAUGGCGACUGUGGGAAGGAUGCCGAGCAGGACAAGAGAGGAAAAACUCCGUCAGGAGGGGGUCAGGGCUUCCUGUAUGGAGGACCCGUCCGGAACAAUGCGCAUGCGAGGAGGACCUACUGUGGUGUUUGUCUUCACAAGAGCCUGCGGUGGAAAAAAAAAAAAAAAAAAGUGAUGCUUCGAGGCUGGCAGUACCUCUGCAGACCCACCAGAUGGCGACUGUGGGAAGGAUGCCGAGCAGGACAAGAGAGGAAAAACUCCGUCAGGAGGGGUCAGGGCUUCCUGUAUGGAGGACCCGUCCGGAACAAUGCGCAUGCGAGGAGGCCCGAACGGAGACAUCUCCUGGAGGCCAAUGAAAUCACAGACAUGAGGCCAGGGAGACAGGACUAA